AAUCGCAAUAAAAUUUUAAUUCUCAACUUUAAAAUUAAUACUGGAACUGAUUGAAAACUUUUUGUUUAUAAAACGUUUGAGAAAUAAUAAACGAAUAAAAUUGAACACUACUGAUAGAUGUGAAACUUUCAAUGUAAUUUAUUCACUAUACGUCCCUCUCGUGGUGAUCGCAGAAACCUCCUAAUUCCAAUCUCUGUUCAUACUUAUUGGCCGUUUUCUGAAUUUAGUCAGAUCAAUUUUGAUUGGUUUGAAGCAACGGAAUUAACAUAUUCUGUUGGUACGAACCAAUCAAAAUUAACCUAAAAUUGACUCUAAUCAUAUUUAUCACUUCGCAUUUCCUCUUGUUUAUCGAUGUGCUUUGAUUUUCACGUGUCGAUCAACUAUUUUUACGAAAAAAAGUAUUUUUUGUUUGUUUUUGAUUGAUUUAAUCUGUUUUUUUGGAAGUUAAAAUGAGUGUUCCAGUUGACCAAUUGAUAAGUAAUGAACCACAGUCUGAUUUAUUGACAUCAAUAUUAUCUGAAGCAGAGGAUUUUCAGAAGUGACAGAAGCAUCUGUUUCUAAUACGGAUCAUUGGGGUCCAAAUUUAGAUGAAGAUAUAAUGGCAGACGAGUAUCAUGAUAAUGUUGAAAAUCCUAUCGAAGAACAAUCCGAAAAUAUUUCUAAAGUCAAACUUGACCCAAAUAUGGAUUUUGCGAUUUAGAAAAUAUGAAAACUGGAUUCAUUAAUUCGUCAAAAUUAUUCAAAAAAAGAAUUAUACAAAAAGUUAAAAAAAGGACGGCUUUUUUGGAAUCCACUAUUGCGAAGAAUGCAGGUAAAAUGGCAUUAACAGAUUUAAGGACUCAUUUGGAAGCAUUGGAAGUCAAUCUGCCAAUUUCUAAUGUCGAAGAAUUUAAUAAAGCAAUCGCCGCAAAUGUAGAAAAAAUAAAAUCACUUAAAACAGUAAUGACUGUUCAAGCCCGACAAUCGUCAACCUCCAAAGAAGCUAUGAUGAAAAUACUGAGCGGGAUAAUGAAAAAAUCCGUGCAAGAGAAAUACAGUGCAUGUGGCAAAGGGCAUGACAAUAAGUCAUUUAAGAACACCUUCAUUUAUGCUACUAUGCGAGAUGUUAUAUUAGACUCGUACAAGGAUGCUCAUGAAUCCCAAAUUUUGACUGAUCUUAGCACUUGGCUGUCUAGCGCUGGGGAUCGUGAGGGAGGUCGAAAAACUAGGAAAGCAGUGGCGGAACCGCCAGCGAAAUAAAGAAGUUUAAUAAAUGGACGUUGUCCGAAGUAUUCUCGAUAUUUAGCUCUUUGCUGAAAAUGUCUUUAUUUAAUUUUUGUUAAGGGUCUUUUUGGUUAAAUUUCGUUUGAGAACUUUUAGGACCAUAGUUUUAAACAUUUUAGCUUUGCAUUUUCUUUUCAUGGCAGCAAUAGCUAACAUACGAAAUACUUAGUAGAGUGCGACCCUUAAACCUCUUUAUUUUUUUAUACUCAAUAUGAUUUUCAAUGUAAAAUGCUUCUUUAUUCAAAAUAAAGCUAUGUCGUAGAAUAAAAAUUGUGAUAGAUUAAUUUCAUAUACUCCAUAGACAGAAUAUGUUGAAUUAAAGAGUGAUUUUAGUUAUCAAAAUAAAAAUAAAAUAAAAACAAUAAUAAUAAACCCAUUAUUGAUUCAGAGUUGUCAAUUUCUUUUUAUUAAUGGAUGAAAGAAUUUUAAUUAAAAGUGUAGUUUUUUGUGUAAUUUUUUAUAUAGAAUUAAGUAGGAUUUUUAUUUUAUAAAAAUGGUAUUUUUUGUCACAAAAAGAAAUCGUUGUCAUGAAUAAUUUUGUUUUUAUUCAGUUUAAUAUUCUAUAAUUUUAUGUAAUAAUAAUGUGUUUAAUAAUGAAUUCAAUUAAUAAUAAUAUUUAAAUUUUCUGAGGAGAAAGUCGGCCAAUUAGUGGCCCACAGUUGGGCCGACCAUUAUCAAGUAGAUUUCAAUAUUACCAUAAUCAAAAUAUAAAAUUUUAUGUUUUAAUCGAUUUAGCUGUAAUUGAUUUACUGAAAAGUUAUAAAGGUUAUCUCAUUCAUUUAUCGUUAUAAAUUACAAAUUUAAUAUUUUUUUAAUUGCACCUUAUAAAAUCAUUUUUGUUCUUAAGUUCCCAUGCGAGCGUAGCGUAGUGGUUAGCGUAUUAAUCUUCGGUGCGUUAGGUUGCGAGUUCGAUCCCAGUAAGCGUUAGUUAUUUUAAAUAUGUAUAUGUAUAAGAUUGCGUUUAAUGUUAAGAUGUAAACAACACAUAAAUUAUGAAUUUAAGAUAAUACCCUAUGCAUAUUAAUUGUAGAAAUAAAUAAUCAUUUUUUAAACUUUUCUCCGAAGGUCGGCCAAACAUUGGCCCGACCAUAUUUACCAAAGGUGGGCCGACAAAGGCUACCAAUGUCAAGCCGACCUUCGUCACCAUAGUCGGCACAACUUUGGCGCCCAUAGAUGGCCCGACUUUGGUACCGAUAGUCGGUCCAACUUUGUCAGCCAUUGGUUGGCGGCCGUUAUCAAUUCGCUAGUUCGGCCGACCUUUGGUUGCCAAAGUUGGUACGACCAUUCGCAAGGUUGGCCCAACCAUGGUCCGACUGACAAUUCGCACCUAGGUAAAAAAAAGGAAAAAAACAUGCUCAAAGUUAAAAAAAAUGGUUAUUUUUAUAUAAAAAUUAAAACAAUUGUUUUAGUUCUUCUAAAAAUAGUUAAGAUGAUAUAUAUUAUUUAAGAUAGUAUUACACUUUAUACCGACCAAAAAAUCGAUUUUCGUGUAUUAAAAAAUUUACAAAAUUGUUAUAUACAUUCAAAAGAGCGGUUCUUGGCACAAUAAGAAAUGUUUAUGGCAAAAAUUUUUCCAUUAAGUUUAAGUUCUAAAAUAUAGUCUCAAACUUUGACAAAAAAUCCCUAAAAAUAACUAUGUACCCCCUCCUGGUGUUCACAUCUUUUCACAUAGAGAGCUCAAAUUUGGUACACUUAUGUAAUUUUUACGAAAAAUAUAAAAAAAUAGUAUUUUUACGUGUAGAUUACAAAAAAAUAUAGCGAGAACGAUUGGAUUUGAUUAUCAUAGCGUUUUCAAGGAAAAACUGAUAAUUGUACAAAAGGGCAUGUCCCGUUAAUAAAUAAAAUAAAUAAAAUGAAAUAAUUUUCGAUAAAAUUUAUG